AUGGACUCCCACAAAGGCGGUCGAGACAAGCCUUCGCUCAGGCACAGCGACAGCCUCGACGGCUAUGACGAUGUUGAGAUGCAGGAGCGAGAGGAUGACUUCGAAUGGGGACAAGAGCAGCGACUUCUUCCUGGCGAUGACAUGGAGGCUAUCGGGGAGCUCGAUUACAAGUUUGAAUGGCAGAUCCGAACAGUCUGGGUGAUAGCGGGGUCAUUCAUCGCAACGGCCCUGGUAUUCUUCAGUCUCAUGCUCUUCACUAGACGUUUUAUUGUUACAGACGCCACUGGAAUGGGAAUCAAGACCUAUGAAGCGCCGGGUCUUGGAGGCUUCCGCAGACUAGCUAGCGAUUAUAUUUUGGAUCCUGCCUGGAAUUUCAACGCCCCGCCACAGGUUAGGGAGUACAAGUGGUCCAUUGUCAACCGCGUGGGCAAUCCGGACGGAGUUUACAGGCCCAUGCUCAUGAUUAAUGGUCAAUUCCCAGGCCCGCUCAUCGAAGCCAACGAAGGAGACACCUUGGUUAUCGAGGUGGACAACCAAAGUGAUAAUGCUACUUCAAUCCACUUUCACGGAAUUUAUCAGAAUGGCACAAACUUCAUGGAUGGUACCACAGGCAUCACGCAGUGCCCAAUCGCUCCAAAUCGAAAAUUUCGAUACGAGUUCACAGUCACAGGGCAAUCAGGAACGUAUUAUUACCAUGGGCACGUUGCCGUUCAAGCGUCUGACGGCUUGGUCGGUCCCCUGGUCAUCCACUCCAAGGACGAGAAGAAACUUCAACAGAUUCCCUACAUCACAGAUCGAGUUGUGAUGCUUCAAGAUUGGUACCACGACCUCUCAAGUGGCCUUCUUAUCGAAACACUGGAACCCGGCAGCGAGUCAUCUCCAAUUCCACACGGCGCUCUGAUGAACGGGAUGAACACACGUGAUUGUUCUAAUAUUCCACACCGGAUGUGCGACAAUUCCACGGCAGCUCUUCCUUCGCUCGAUUUGAUUGCGAAUGCCAACCACCGCCUGAGAUUUAUCAAUACCGGAGCCUUUGCAUGGUUUCAAGUCGAAGUUGAUGAACAUUCCUGGGCCAUCACAGAGGUAGAUGGAACCGAUGUUGUGCCAACCUAUGACAAUAGAAUGAUGAUCAGCCCGGCUCAGAGAUAUAGCAUGAUUCUGAAUACGAACCAUACGACUGCCAGCUCCUUCUGGUUGCGAGCGAGGAUGGUUGCUCACUGCUGGAAAGAUCCUACUUUGCCAGGUCCCGGAGCCGACGAGAUAAAGGCAGUUAUCAACUAUAUUCCCAGUGGCAAGACCAAAAAGCCCAAAGGGCUGCUUUCUCAGCCAAGUUCCAGAAGCUGGAGUAAAGGAAUGGAAGUGCAAUGUCGAGAUAUGAAUACCACGUCCUACGUGCCAACCACUUACGCUCCUCCGCCUCCACACGCCGACCACUCGUACUAUCUCCGAUCCAACCUCGAAAUCGGCGACUGGAGGCUUGAGCGUGGAUUUUUUAACCAAUCGACGUUCCGACCCAACUUACAGAAACCGACUUUGCAUCGUACCAUCGCUGGGUUGUCCAGUAACAACGAGACUUUCAACUCUAUGAGAAACACUGAUGGAGUCAAUGAGAUCUGUUAUGAUAAGAAGAACGACUUUGUCAUUCAACACACCGGCGUCAAAGUCGUGGAUAUCAUUAUCCAAAACUUCGACGAGGGAAAUCACCCAAUGCAUUUGCACGGUCACAAGUUCUGGGUACUCGGACAGGGACAUGGGCCUUUCCCGGGCUAUGACUUCCUUGGAUUGAAAGCAUACGGCCAGGGAAUUCUCGAUGGCCAUGAAGGAGUUCUUGAUAACGUGAUUCGGCGAGACGUUGCUACAGCUGAAGGAUUCGGAUGGUUGGCGUUGAGAUUCGUGGCAGAUAACCCCGGGGCCUGGGCUUUCCAUUGCCAUAUGGCUUGGCAUUCGGAGGCUGGACUUGUUAUGCAGUUCAUCAGCCGAGUCGACGAGCUUGCUACAUGGUCGAUUCCGGAGGCGAAUCGACAAUUAUGUGAGGCGCCCCUCACAGAGCUUAAGAAGGGCGCACCACCGGAGGACAGCACCUGGUUUGGCUUCGGAAUCGGAUGA